GGUCGAUUAGUUUAGGGUUUAGAGUUUAAACGACACCUAUGUUUCUUUGGCGGAGACGAAGGGUCCUCUUAUGUUUCUUUUAAAUUCUGAUUUCUGCAUCUCGUGCGAAAAGCUCAACAGUGAAUUGGGAAAAUUCGCGCCACAUCACUGUUUUUGGAUCCUGCAAAACGACACCGUUUUCUUUUAGAACCUUGAGAGCUACUCUGCAAGCAAUUGCCCAGCGCGUCUUCCGGCCCAACAGAAUCAAAUGUCGGCGUUGGAUAGAAGGAAGUGGGAAUGGGAGAAUGCCACCGCCGGCGCCAUCGCCGGAUUUGCGACCGUCGCUGCUAUGCACCCUCUGGAUGUCGUCCGUACUAGAUUUGCAGUAAACGAUGGCCGAUUGACUAAUCUUCCAACCUACAAGAACACUGCACACGCUAUCUUCACGAUCACUCGGCUGGAGGGAUUGAGAGGGCUUUAUGCUGGCUUCUAUCCUGCAGUUCUAGGUUCAACUGUGUCAUGGGGUCUAUAUUUUUUCUUCUAUGGGAGAGCCAAACAAAGGUAUUCUAAAAAUGGGACACAGAAGCUAAGCCCUGGUCUUCAUCUUGCUUCAGCUGCAGAAGCAGGAGCUUUGGUUUCUUUGUGCACUAAUCCUAUUUGGGUUAUAAAAACAAGGCUGCAGCUUGAGACUCCUCUUCAUCAAACCCGACCAUACUCUGGGCUUUAUGAUGCUUUAAGAACCAUACUUAAAGAGGAAGGAUGGAGUGCACUUUAUAGAGGGAUUGCUCCUAGUCUUUUUCUCCAGGUUUCUCAUGGUGCUGUUCAGUUCAUGGUGUAUGAGGAACUUCGUAAAUUUGUUGUUGAAUUUAAGUGUAAAGAAAGUAACAAGAAUCUUGGAAGUGAUGCUAAAUUGUUGGAUUCAGUUGAUUAUGCUGUACUAGGAGCAUCGUCUAAACUUGCUGCCAUUCUCAUGACAUACCCAUUUCAGGUUAUUCGAGCUCGAUUGCAGCAAAGACCUAAUCGUGAUGGAAUUCCAAGAUAUAUGGAUAGUUGGCAUGUUGUGAAGGAAACUGCACGUUUUGAAGGUUUUCGAGGCUUUUACAAGGGUAUAACUCCAAGCAUUCUGAAAAAUCUACCCGCUGCUUCAAUAACAUUUGUUGUGUAUGAGAAUGUCCUGAACCUGCUGAGACUAAAAAGAAGGAAUGACUGAAAGUUGUCUCUCCCGCUCUCUCUCUCUCUGUGUCUCUCUUGCUCUUUGGUCUAAUUCUUUGGUAGUGGUUGCCGACUGUUAUUCUUUGAGGUUGUGAAGAGGGAAAGAUACAGGGUUUUAGCAUAUUUGGGGCGGUUUUACGAAUAGCAACAUCAAAUUUGGUGUAGGAUGCAAUUUAUCCACGGAAAUCUUCAGUAACCGACGUAACAAAAGCACAAGUAGCAGGUUUUGAAAUUGUAUAGCAGCAUAUACUGAGGAAACUGGUUAAAGGAUCAAUAACAGCCAAACAAACUAUGUUGGUGGCUCAGUUUUCCAUUUCUCUCAUUCAAUGGAUUCAACGCAGCCAUCACAGCUUGAGGUCAUUUGUUUUACCUUUUACUGCAUAUUCAAGGAAAGUUGAUUGGGUUUCUGAACAAAGCUAUUAUUUGAA